CGGCGAGCGCCGGAAGCCCGCCCCGCCCCUCAUUGUGCGGCUCCUACUAAACGGAAGGGGCCGGGAGAGGCCGCGUUCAGUCGGAUCCCGGCAGCAGCUGCGGCGGCUCAGCUCUUCUGUCGCUCUCCCUGUCUCCCUUUCGCUUCCGGAAACAUGGCCUCUGGUGUGGCUGUCUCUGAUGGUGUCAUCAAAGUGUUCAAUGAUAUGAAGGUGCGCAAGUCUUCAACGCCAGAAGAAGUGAAGAAGCGCAAGAAGGCAGUGCUCUUCUGCCUGAGUGAGGACAAGAAGAACAUCAUCCUGGAGGAGGGCAAGGAGAUCCUGGUGGGAGAUGUGGGGCAGACUGUGGACGACCCCUACACCACUUUUGUCAAGAUGCUGCCCGACAAGGACUGCCGCUAUGCUCUCUACGACGCAACCUAUGAGACCAAGGAGAGCAAGAAGGAGGACCUGGUGUUCAUCUUCUGGGCCCCUGAGAGUGCACCCCUUAAGAGCAAAAUGAUCUAUGCCAGCUCCAAGGAUGCCAUCAAGAAGAAGCUGACAGGAAUCAAGCACGAAUUACAAGCAAACUGCUACGAGGAGGUCAAGGACCGCUGCACCCUGGCAGAAAAACUAGGUGGCAGCGCCGUCAUCUCUCUGGAGGGCAAGCCUUUGUGAGCCGCCUCCAGCCCCCUGCCUGGAGCAUCUAGCAGCCCCAGACCUGCUCAUGGGUGUUGCAGGCUGCCCCUUUUCCUGCCAGACCGGAGGGGCUGGGGGGAUCCCAGCAGGGGGAGGGUAAUCCCUUCACCCCAGUUGCCAAAUGUCCUCCCCACCCCCUGGACCGUCCUCUUCCCUCCACCCUGACGGUUCUGGCCAUCCCAAACUGCUUCUGAUCCUCUGAUUCCUCUUGGGUUGAAGCGGACCAAGUCCCUUCCCAGGCACCCAGUUUGGGGGGAGCCUGCUUUUUUUUUUCUUUUUUUUUUUAACACCCCUACUCCUCAUCCCCGCCCCAUCCCAUGCUGCCAACUUCUAACCACAAUAGUGACUGUGCUUGUCUGUUUAGUUCUGUGUGUAAAUGAAAUGUGGAAAUGACCCUCCCUGCGCCAGCUGGUUGCCCUCCCCUUUCCCUUGUUUUUGGCCACUCAUGGAAGCAGGACCAGUAAGGGACCUUCAAUUUAAAAAAACAAAACAAAACCAAUAAAAAGGCUAAUUAACAAGGUG